AUGUCCAAGGAGCGUGUCAAAUCUCUCCAGUUCCCCAAAUUCCUCCUUCCCUCUGUGUUUUCCAAACGCAGUGCGGGGCUUUCUCCAGACCAUAGACUCCCAAACAAGACCGAGAAGUAUCUCGACGGCCAUGUCUCCUAUUUGCGCUGCGCAGGCUGUGCCUCACAUCUUUGCUGGACUUCCCAAAUUAUUAGCAAAGGGUUUACAGGUCGCCAUGGCCGUGCCUAUCUUGUGUCGGCAGAGCCAGUAGCCACUGCCGUGUCGGUCAGCGCAUCGUCUUCGCCUACAGCCUCACUCCCAAAUACGAUACUGCAGCGCCCAGUUCCUCGUCAGCUUGUUACAGGGGCACAUACAGUCAGCGAUGUUACCUGCACAUUCUGUGACAGUGUCCUGGGCUGGAAGUAUGUUGCAGCCGAAGAAGAAUCACAACGGUACAAGGUUGGCAAGUUCAUUCUGGAAACGAAGAAAAUCGCAGCCUCUUCGUGCUGGGAAUCUCUACCUAGUGUGGACCAGACUAUACAAGCCAAUCACCAAUGUGAAAUCGAGUCUGGCCCAGCAGAUACAGAGUUUGAUAGCCAGGACGAAGACGAGUGUGAGGACCUGUUCGCCGGAAUCUGGAGCCCCGGACUUGCUGCGCGUCGAAGAAACCGUGAAAUUAAACGUCGACCCGCGAUGUGGGGAAUCUCAUAA